GGGAGGGAGGGAGGAUGGAGAGGUGCAGCCGGGUCGGUGAGGUGGAGGUACAGCCGUGAUGCUGCGAGCAACUGCGCUGCACUCAGACAGCAUGCAGGAUCAAGGUGAUGCAGUGUGGAUUCAGAGUUUUGUUUUUGUAAUUUGUUUUAUUAGUGUAGCACAAAUUAUCAACAUGCAAAGGUUCGGGCGCACGACGCAUGACGGCUCUCUGUUCCUGACUGCGCCGUGACGAGACGUCGGCUAUCCACGGAACCGACAGGUUCGACCUGCUGCGGGCUGCCUCCGGUCCAUUAAUCGAUCCCGGUUUCUUGGUGACAGUCUGGUGUCAUUGGUCGGUGUGUGCUACGGGAGAAAACCGAGAUUCAUGUUGUUAUUUUCAGUUCCUUCAUGAUAUCACCCUUGUGGUUCACCUUGGACUUAAAAAUACGCACAAAAGGCUGAUGGAUCGCCUUCCACAGAAACAGCUCGGCUCAGACCCUGGUGGUCCCAGCAUGCUGCCUGGACCGUGCGCAGUGAUCAGAGCGAGUCCAGCUUUAUCUCCACAGCCUGCAGUCCCGGAGCCAUGUCUACUCAAUCCAUCGGAGGGGCUCAAAACACAGUUAGGACCGGAGCUCAGACAGGCGCCUACCAAAGGGACAGGCCGGGUGCAGUCUGGGGAGGAUCGACUUACUCCUCCACUGUCAAGCAUAAGUCGGCCCAGACCGACUGCUCUUGGAACUAGAACAGCCUCAAAGCCAGCCAAAGUCCCACUGGAGUCGUCUAAGGAAAUAGAUUUGAUCCCUGUUUGCAUUCCGGCUCCUCACAGCGGUAACGCCAUGUCGCAUUCCUCGUCAGAGCCGUCGUUCCUUCUGAGCAACCCUCAGAGCCCGCAGCCUUACCUUAAACCAACUCUUAGCCCCAACCUGACCCCAAGCAUGAGUCACAAACGCAGUCUGAAGCCUCAGCCCCAGAGGACCGCCUCACCUGGGAGCGCAACUCAGAGCCAGACUCAGACUGAGGGGCCAGUAGGAGAGAACAAUGACUUCAGGGUGUACAUCGUCACAUGGAACGUGGGAUCAGCUGUCCCACCAGAUGACAUCACUUCUCUGUUCGGACCAAAUGUUUCAGAUGGGAGCAUUGACAUGUUUAUCAUCGGACUCCAGGAGGUUAACUCAAUGAUAAACAAGAGGCUGAAAGAUGUUCUUUUUUCAGACCAGUGGAGUGAGCUUUGCAUGGACACACUCAGUCCCUUUGGAUAUGUUUUAGUGGCAUCGCAGCGAAUGCAAGGAGUGCUUCUGCUUGUUUUUUCCAAAAUCUGCCAUCUUCCAUUCCUCAGAGGUGUGCAGACCCAGAGUACACGGACGGGACUCGGGGGAUACUGGGGAAAUAAAGGUGGAGUGAGUGCAAGAAUGACGGUGUUCGGCCACCCAGUGUGUUUUCUGAACUGUCACCUGCCGGCUCACAUGAGGAACUUGGAGCAGCGGAUGGAAGACUUUGAAAGCAUCCUUCAGCAGCAGCAGUUCGAAGGCGGGACUGCCACUGGUGUCCUGGACCAUGAUGUUGUGUUUUGGUUUGGGGACCUAAAUUUCCGUAUUGAAGACUAUGACAUCCAUGUGGUGAAAUGUGCCAUUGAAAGCAGCAAGCUGCCUCUUCUAUGGGAACGGGAUCAGCUCAACAUGGCUAAAAUCACAGAGGCCAUCCUGGAGGGCUUCAUGGAGGGACCGCUCAAGUUUCCUCCUACAUAUAAGUUUGAUGUGGGAACCCAUACAUAUGACACCAGUGCUAAGAAGAGAAAACCCGCCUGGACAGACCGUAUCCUGUGGCGCCUUCGUCGCACCGGUUCCCCCGUUCCUACCCACAAUGCAUCUUUGCAGCGGGGUCUGACUUCCUGGUUGGGCGGAGCCACUAAAGUGAUACAGCACAAGUAUCAAAGUCACAUGGGCUUCACCAUCAGUGACCACAAGCCUGUUUCCUCAUUGUUCUCCCUGCAGUUUCCAUUCAGGGUGGAUCUACCUCUGGUGGAGCUGCAGGUAAAUAAGGAGUGGUGCAAAGCAUCAGACGCCACAGUCAGAUUCACUGUUGCUUCAACAUAUCAGCGCAGUUCUUGGGACUGGGUGGCAAUAUACAAAGUGAGAUUCAGGCAUCACAAGGAUUAUCAGGCGUACGUCUGGGCCAAAGGAGAGCAUGCCACACAGGUGUCGUUCUCAGAAGAGGAUCUGCCGAGAGAUGACUGUGAAUACAUCCUGGGUUACUUCAGCAAUAUCAUGAACAGCAUCGUCAGUUUGUCUUCGCCAGUUCAGAUCAGGAUGCCUGUUGUCAGCCCCACUGUGUGCCGCUCUGACAGCUCCAAUGUCAGCUCUGAAGAUGACAGCACCAUGGUUCUGCUGGCUCCAAACUCCCGUAGUCCAAGCCCAAAAACUGGCAAAAGGCAUCACCGUCAUCGCCGUAGUCGCAGCCCAGCUGUCCCCGCGAUGUCCUCCAAUCCUCUCCCUGCCUUGCAGGGCCUCAGCCUGUGUCCUCGCUCCAAGGAGAGCCAAUCACGAAGCCGCUCACCAUGCUCUGCUGCUAAGAAGGAUCGCUUGGUCUCCCCCGACACUGUGCCAUCCCCCACCAUCAGCCCCCUCAGCCCUCGCAGCCCCGUGUCUCCGGGCAGCGGGGUGACAGCGCCGGAGGCCCUGAUUGUAGCCAUCUUAGGUGAACACAGUCCAGCUCAGGUCAGCCCCACAGGGGUCAAACAGAUUGGGAAGCAAGUCGAAACAGACAAACGAAAGACUAUAAAGAGGUAAAAUAGGAAAAAUGACAUCCACACUAUUAUGAUCUGACCUGAGGCAAUCUCAGAGAAGCUGCACCUUUAUCAACUCUCAUGUAGUUUGCAAACAUUCCACGUUGCAGCGUUGCAGUUUCCUGUUAGAGAAUCAUCAUCUCAUACGACUCUGUGCUGUAUGUAUAUCUUUGAGUGAAGAAUGUGAGCAAACUCUCUAAAUGUUCUCAUGAACUCAGGAGUGAUGAAUGUAAAACCAAAGUCUGGCUAAACCUGCAACAGAAAUGACCAGCUAUCACUGAAAGCAAUAUGGAUCCAUGCUUGGUAUCAAAAUAAGGACUCUGAACCAGUAUUGAUGGUAUUAUAGUUCACAUCUAAGACAGGACGUGUCUGUGUGAGUCAGAGUAGUGUAAGCUUAACUUAUUCAUUAAAGUGUCCAAAACGUGAUGAUUUUAGCUCUACACAACUUGAUCUGUGCAAACGUUUAGUUUCAGCGUGCUAUUGACACACAGAGCAUUGUGUCACCUCAGUCUUCAAUUGUAAUCCCAAACCAAUGCUCUUAUUGUUCUUAGCAUCUUUGUGAACACAACCCCUGCUCCUCAGAGCUGGUUUCUGACACCCAAUGUUUUCCUUCCAGGACAGAAUGUUGUUUGAUUGUGCAAGUAAAAUGUGAACAAAUAAACAAUAACUAAUCAAAAU